AUGCCGCUCAAGGUGGUGGUGGAGCUGCAGAUCCACGCGGUCUCCUGUCCUGGUGUGUACUUGACGGACAAGAAUGAUGUUUAUCUGCAUGUUUGCAUCCUGGGCCAGUGCAAGGAAACUGAGAGCCUUCGACCCAUCUUCCCUCUCCUGUUCCACGAGAAAAUGUGGUUUGAAAAGGUAUUUGAAAAAGCUAGAGAUCCUGUUGCUGUUGUAGAACAGCUAGAAAGAAAUGUAACAAAGUUCCGAUUAGUCGAAGUGGUACGUUCAGGGAAAGGUGAGCUUGCAUUUUAUGAAGAGAAUACUCGAGCUUUUCUGUUUCCAGAGCCUAAACUGACUCCUGCGUACCCCGGUGUGGACAGAGAGUUUCUAAUGAAGACCCACCGUUCUUUCCCAGGCAUUGCACCAAAAAUAGAGUUUUCCACAAGGACAACUAUUACAGAACUUCCACUUCUGGCCAGAAGAUGGUAUCGUGGCAGAUAUAGGAGCAGGUUGAGAAGGGCUGUCUCGGCAUCGCCCCGGCGCAGGAGCAUUUCACCGGUACGAUGUAGGACAACAAAGAAUAAGGGCUGUAGGCGAUUCUCAAGAUCGUCCCCAUCGCGCUCUCCGUCUCCAACAAGACAUCGCCAGGAGUUUUGCAGGGAAAGCCAACAGCAGACGCCUUCUCUGAGCUUGAGGUCUGUUAAGUUCAAGUCAGAAUCAGACCCCAGGCCGCCUUUUGUAGUUCGACAUGUAGAUUCUUCUAAGAUGUUUUCUUCUGAGCCAUAUUCGAUUCCGAGUCAAAAUGAGAGCUCAUCAAGGAAUUCCCACAAAUUUCAGUUGAAGCGAGCGUUAUCAUACGAUAGCUGGAAGUCUGCAUGCCCGGCAGCAAAGGUAACCAGAGAGCUGGAUAUGCAAUACAGCUUGGAUCCUGGUUCAUCAUCGGUUGAAACAAGGGAACCUAUUGAUUUUGAUUACUCUCUUUCUCUUUGCCACAAACCUUCAUCUGACUCCUCAAAGCGCUACCGAUCACCAAGCCCAUGCACACGAUGGGCAUCUCCUCAGCACAGGAUAUAUUCCAGCCCCAAUUCAAGCUGGGAAGAGAUUAACGAGAGAGUGAAAAACCUUCUAACUUCAGACGAUGCCAUACAAAGACUAUCGUUUGGAGCCACUGAUUCCGAAAUUGAUGAUGUCCUUGAAAGAAGGUCCAUCUCUAUGAGGAGUUCCCCACUGUAUGACUCAACGGAACAAAGAUACUUCUCAUAACUGCUGUCAUCGGCAAGAAAGAAGGCAGCAGCUGUGGGAUAUCAAUCUGAAGACCCAUUGCUGGCAAGCUUUUUGUUCUAGAGCUAACUGAUGAAUAGUUUAUUUUCUGUGUGAUGUUAUCUCUAAACUGGUUUGAAAACAACGUUCUGUAUUGUAGUGCUGAUUAAAGGUUUGAUUUAUACAUUUUCAAA